CGGGGAUAGAAGACUUUGAUAAUGAGUCUCCUUGGUAAAAGUGCGACACGGACAUGGACCUAGAUACAACCAACAGGACCAGCAGAAUUACAGAGAAACAGCAAGAACUAAAGAAAGACAGACAUAUUUCCAAUGCACCCUGGACAAGCAACAACGACCCAAACCUCCAGUUCACCAGCAAACACCCAACCUAUCAUGAAUGAAUAUAUGUGAAGAACUGCCUUAUCAUGUACUGAAAAUAGACCACUCUUGGCACCAGCAACUUUCCGACGCCACUGGGAUACUUUUGUACUGCACACUCACCUACCCGUUUCCACUCCACCACGGUCUCCUGCAUGAGACGCAUUCCAGAAUCCGUCUUGACAACUGCAUUGAACCGUCGGGAAAUCAAUAUCUCCGCGUCGCACGAAGAUCAUCAGUACAUAAGCCCCUUUUCGGGAGAUCGCAGCAACCCAGUUUCAACCUCACCUCACCAUGGCCGCGGAACCACCACCUCAGAAUACCACCGAAACUGCUGGGUCAACUGUCGAGAUAGAAGGCGUUUUCAAUGUUCGCGGUUUCGGGGGAUAUACGAGUACCCUUGGCCCUGAUUGCUUCACUCGCGAUGGGCUUCUCUACCGCGCUGGACAUUUAAAGGACAUCACCGCGCGGGGGUUGCAGCAGAUUCGAGAUCUGGGUGUGCAAACUAUUAUUGAUCUGACAAACUCGGGUGAGACGCAGGUUCUUUUCAGCGAUACAUCCAACAGCCUGGGACAGGGAGUCCGGGUUCUCAGUUUCCCUCUGGCGAAACAUGGCUUUUCAGUUCAGCAGCUGUCAGAGAAAUACCGACGGUAUAUGGCAGAGGGCGAGAAGGCAAUUGCAGAAGGCUACUUCAAGCUCAUACUCGAAGGCCAUAAGGUGAUCCGGGAUAUCCUCUUCUUAAUCCGUGACAGCCCAAACGACGUAUUCCUUAUCCACUGCGCCAUGGGCAAGGAUCGGACAGGCGCCAUUUUCGCCAUUCUUCUCCCUUUAGCUGGUGUACCAGACGAUAUUGUAGCAGAGGAGUAUAGUCGCAGCGAGGUGGCGCUACAGUCUGCAUUACCUGAGAUUGCGGCUGCAAUUGGGAAAGCGCUACCGGGGCAGAUUGAUUCGGAUGAUGCUCUGAAGAGGGCGCGGAUUGUGAUUCAGACGAGGUGCGUAUCUACUUACCUAUCGCGAUGGAGCUAAUGGCACCAUAGGAAAGGGGCAAUGCUGCUGACACUGCAGAUGAUUGAGGAGAAAUUUGGUGGCGUGAUUGAGUACCUGAAUAAAUGUUGUGGCAUUGAAGGCGAAGAUAUCAAGCGUAUUCAAGAGAUAUUGACACAUUCAAAAGCUAAUUAGAUUAGACUAGAAGAACUAAGCUGACAGGGGAAAGCUCGAUUCCAUAUUCCUUAUACAAUUGGUUAUUAUUAGCAUCCUGCAGAGUUUGAGGCUAGU